UGAGCUCAUUGAGUAGCGGACAAUUGCAGUGAGUAUCACCAUCAGUACCACAACGGCACGCCAAGCCCCGGUGCUCAGACCGACCGACCUCCACACAGAAAAUCCGCCACAGUCAUUCCCUGCCAGCCAUGAAACAGACUCUGCUCGAGCUGAUGAGGAUGAGCAGAAUAUGCCGGAUGGUACUCGCCACUUGUUUGGGAUCUUUUAUUCUGGUCAUCUUUUAUUUCCAAAGUAUGUUCCAACCAGUCAUGCGGAGGAACCAGUUUGCGGCGGACGUGUGCUGUAGGAAAGACUCCCGCAACGCACUGCAGGAACUCUACAACCCCACACAGUCUGAGUUUUCCAGUGCCGCCAUCCUCCACCAGGCCAGGAGAGACCAUGUAGCUGAGUCAUGUCGGGCCCAGAGUGCAUCCAGCCGCAAGCGCCGGGUCCUGACCCCCGGUGACCUCAAACACCUGGUGGUGGAUGAGGAGCAUGAGCUCAUCUACUGCUAUGUCCCCAAGGUGGCCUGCAGCAACUGGAAACGUGUCAUGAUGGUCCUCACGGGACGCGGCAAGUACAGUGACCCCAUGGAGAUCCCUUCCAACGAGGCCCACGUCCCGUCCAACCUGAAAUAUCUGAAUCAGUACAGCAUCGCUGAAAUCAACCACCGCCUCAAGAGCUACCUCAAGUUCCUGUUUGUCCGGGAGCCCUUCGAGAGGCUCGUCUCCGCUUACCGCAACAAGUUCACCCUCAAGUACAACUCCUCCUUCCACCGCCGCUUCGGCACCAAGAUCGUCCGCCGCUACCGGAAGGACGCCACGCAGGAGGCGCUGCUCAACGGCGCCGACGUCAAGUUCCGGGAGUUCGCCGAGUAUCUUGUCGACCCGGCUACCCAACGCGACGGCCCGCUCAACGAGCACUGGCAGACGGUGUACCAGCUGUGCCACCCCUGUCACAUCCACUAUGACCUGGUGGGCAAGUAUGAAACCCUGGAGGAAGACGCCAACUAUGUUCUGCGGCUGGCGGGGGUGGGCGAGUCGCUGCGCUUCCCGACCUACGCCAAGUCCACCCGCACCACAGACAGCAUGACGGCCCAGUUCUUCAGCAACAUCAGCUCCCAGCAGCACAGCCAGCUCUUCCAGCUGUAUAAAUUGGACUUCCUCAUGUUCAACUAUUCCAUGCCAAGCUAUCUGCGACUGGACUAACGACUAGAGGACCAGGACUUGACUAGCCAGCUGGGACUCUGGGCACGAUCCACUUUUAUUAAGAGAAGAACAUAAGAACUGAGUGAAAGUGGAGAACAGAUAUUUUUGCAGAAGUUUUAUUCAAAAACUGUCGUCGCUAUUUCUGGGGGGUGAACAGGAAGGACUGAGGGGAAUGGGAGGGACAGAGAUUGAGGAAAAUUGCUGGAUCCGAUUUGACGUGAAAGAUUCUUGGUUAUCCAAUCAGCAUUGUCCUGAAGGUGAUAAAGGAGGAAGUGGAGAUCCUAUAGCAUCAGAAUGCAGGGUUCGGGUGGAGCUGAUGUCAGAGGUUUUCUAAGAGGGGACAUAGAGGAGAGAAGCAGGACUCCUGGAGAGUGAUCGAUAUGUGUUCUGUAUGUACAUGAGGUGGGACUCUUGACCAAUUAGUCUGCUUUGGAAUCUGCACAGCAAACGGUGGCCUCGCAUGCACGUGCCCUGGCCCCAAAGCAUCAUGGGAGCUGAGUUUAUUUUAUAACAAACAAUAGCGAAACUCCGUCAAAUUGUAAAACACAUCCAUGUCCUUCAGUGUGCUGUAUCCUGGGUGUGUUUGAUACGCCCACCAAUUAAGUAAACUGGCAAUUUGAUAAGUAAACUGGCUCUUGGCUCCACCUCAAGCCCUCCUCAUUAUAGCUGGCUAUUGACUUUGCUUUAAAGACCUCUAGAACCAUUAGGCGUAAACAGUGGAGCUACAAUUUACAGCCAACUGCUCUAAAGUUGUAGCUAUGCUGUCAAGAUCGCCAUCGUCAUAGGUGAAACAACUCCUGAAUCCUCGUUUGCCAGUUGAGGCCUCAGACUCCCAUAGCAGGAUCUGAAAAGGCGGCCAUUUUAGAAAGACGCUGAGCACCCUUGAGGCUUUGAGCCACAGGAAGUGGUCAGAAGGAAUGAUUGACAGGUGUUAGGUGCCUCCCACUGACCCAGAGAGGAACCGUAGAAGAGAUGUGGCUGUGAAAGGGUUUAAGGGACAGGAUCUCAUAAAUCCGCCCACACCACACCCCAAAACCAGGCAGGGCCAUAACCUUGCCUACUGGCCAUGCCCAUUACCCCCCCACACCCCCUUCAACGAGCAAUGUCUCGGUUUUAAUGUCUGAUGAAAACUUUGCUGCGAGCAGCAAUAAAAAAUAUUAUUUAAAUUACUUUCAUUGUCGGGGGGUGGGUGGGGUGGAUGAGAGAGAGGAAGAUUUAAAAAAAAAAAAUGUUGGGCUGAUUAACAUUUUUAAUUGAUUUAAUUAAAAAGAUUUUCAUCAAGAUUUUUAAAAAAUACGUUUUUCAUGUUUUUUGUCCUGAGUUGCUUCCGGUACACUGUUAAUGAUAACAUUUUAAUGGUCUUCCUUUUUCCCGAAGGGCGUACAAUACAAUAAAGUUAAGUCCAUGACUUUGGUUUCUCUGUGUGUGAGAGCUGGGACAUCCCAUGGGAUUUAGAGUUAUUCCCUCUCUCCCCCUUAGUCAACUGAGUCUGGUGCCAAAGGGUUGGAACACUGCCAAUGGCAGAAAGGGACAGUCAACUCAACUCUUAUCAGUACUUUUCACUACAUCUAAUAAUUUACAAAACAUUUACAAUCCUGUGAUUGAAAUGAAACUAUAGCAUGAGAAACAUAUUCUACAUACAUAUCUACAUCUACAGUGCAGACUACUGCUCAGAAUCAGAAACAACAGCAGUGGUUGCCUUGAUAAUGAUUCUGAGUCUGGCGGUGAAAGUCAGGUCUGUGUCCGCCCUCCCCAGGUGAAAGUGCGCUGUAAUCAUUACUCUGUGUAGUCUAUGGGAUCACAGAGAGGCGUAUACACAGUGCAGGAGUGGGCGACGGAUGGAGAGAGAAGACAACUUAAUUAGCCAAGCUGGGAGGGAGGGAGUCCUCUUUACUCUUUAUACCCCUUUGUCAUUCUUCCUCCAUUCAGACUUCAAAGAGAGAGGGACGUUUAUUGGGAAAAUUGUGUAUUUUUAUGUUGCUAGGUCUGAGCAGAAGUAACAGCAGCACAGAAGAAAUGAUCACUACUAUAUUCAUCUGUCCCUCUGACCGUUAGUUUAGACAGGCGUGGUGACUAAUGACAAGCUCACCUAAUUUUGCCAUAGCUUCUAAAAUAUUGGUGGCAGUUGUGUGUGUUUGCACGUAUGUGUCAUUAUAAUUAGCAACCGGUUUGGAGGAACAAGGCCCUUCACAUCUGGCUCUGAUAAAGAGGAAGGCUGCUGGUUUGGAGGAACAAGGCCCUUCACAUCUGGCUCUGAUAAAGAGGAAGGCUGCUGGUUUGGAGGAACAAGGCCCUUCACAUAGCGCUCUGAUAAAGAGGAAGGCUGCUGGUUUGGAGGAACAAGGCCCUUCACAUCUGGCUCUGAUAAAGAUGAAGGCUGCUGGUUUGGAGGAACAAGGCCCUUCACAUAGCGCUCUGAUAAAGAGGAAGGCUGCUGGUUUGGAGGAACAAGGCCCUUCACAUAGCACUCUGAUAAAGAGGAAGGCUGCUGGUUUGGAGGAACAAGGCCCUUCACAUCUGGCUCUGAUAAAGAGGAAGGCUGCUGGUUUGGAGGAACAAGGCCCUUCACAUCUGGCUCUGAUAAAAAGGAAGGCUGCUGGUUUGGAGGAAUAAGGCCCUUCACAUAGCGCUCUGAUAAAGAGGAAGGCUGCUGGUUUGGAGGAACAAGGCCCUUCACAUCUGGCUCUGAUAAAAAGGAAGGCUGCUGGUUUGGAGGAACAAGGCCCUUCACAUCUGGCUCUGAUAAAGAGGAAGGCUGCUGGUUUGGAGGAACAAGGCCCUUCACAUAGCGCUCUGAUAAAGAGGAAGGCUGCUGGUUUGGAGGAACAAGGCCCUUCACAUAGCGCUCUGAUAAAGAGGAAGGCUGCUGGUUUGGAGGAACAAGGCCCUUCACAUCUGGCUCUGAUAAAGAGGAAGGCUGCUGGUUUGGAGGAACAAGGCCCUUCACAUCUGGCUCUGAUAAAGAGGAAGGCUGCUGGUUUGGAGGAACAAGGCCCUUCACAUCUGGCUCUGAUAAAGAGGAAGGCUGCUGGUUUGGAGGAACAAGGCCCUUCACAUCUGGCUCUGAUAAAGAGGAAGGCUGCUGGUUUGGAGGAACAAGGCCCUUCACAUCUGGCUCUGAUAAAGAUGAAGGCUGCUGGUUUGGAGGAACAAGGCCCUUCACAUAGCACUCUGAUAAAGAGGAAGGCUGCUGGUUUGGAGGAACAAGGCCCUUCACAUCUGGCUCUGAUAAAAAGGAAGGCUGCUGGUUUGGAGGAACAAGGCCCUUCACAUCUGGCUCUGAUAAAGAGGAAGGCUGCUGGUUUGGAGGAACAAGGCCCUUCACAUAGCGCUCUGAUAAAGAGGAAGGCUACUGGUUUGGAGGAACAAGGCCCUUUACAUCUGGCUCUGAUAAAGAGGAAGGCUGCUGGUUUGGAGGAACAAGGCCCUUCACAUCUGGUUCUGAUAAAGAGGAAGGCUGCUGGUUUGGAGGAACAAGGCCCUUCACAUCUGGCUCUGAUAAAGAGGAAGGCUGCUGGUUUGGAGGAACAAGGCCCUUCACAUAGCGCUCUGAUAAAGAGGAAGGCUGCUGGUUUGGAGGAACAAGGCCCUUCACAUAGCGCUCUGAUAAAGAGGAAGGCUGCUGGUUUGGAGGAACAAGGCCCUUCACAUAGCGCUCUGAUAAAGAGGAAGGCUGCUGGUUUGGAGGAACAAGGCCCUUCACAUAGCGCUCUGAUAAAGAGGAAGGCUGCUGGUUUGGAGGAACAAGGCCCUUCACAUCUGGCUCUGAUAAAGAGGAAGGCUGCUGGUUUGGAGGAACAAGGCCCUUCACAUAGCGCUCUGAUAAAGAGGAAGGCUGCUGGUUUGGAGGAACAAGGCCCUUCACAUAGCGCUCUGAUAAAGAGGAAGGCUAUUGGUUUGGCCUACAUCUCCGACCCCAUCCACUUACAGAAACAAUGGGAGCAUUCUGAGCUCUCCCUCCUCUCUCACACACACACACACACACACACACACACACACACACACACACACACACACACACACACACACACACACACACACAGACACACACACACACACACACACACACACACACACACACACACACACACACACACACACACACACACACACACACACACACACACACACACACACACACACACACUGAUGGUGAUGCCACGCAGCCUCUUACUCAGCAGCUGUACUCUAGUGAGGGUUGGUAAGUGAGGUACGGAAGGAGAGGGGGAUGGACAUUUAAAAACACCACACACUCAGCUUAUCUCUAACUGCCUAUUUAACCUCCAAAAUGAGACACUUUACUCAAAGGCUUCACAACUCUGCAAACAGUUAUGGAGUCCUCUCCUCUUUACUCCAACCUCUCUCUCAAAAUGGCCCCAUAUAAAAACAGAAGUGGGUUUUUGGACAGUGGCAGUGAUCUCUACCCUCACAACAGGAAAAGGGCAGGCUUCUUAUACAAACAGAGCUGUUAAAAUCCCACAGAAGCCCAGCCUAACGAUCCCUGUGGAAAUACUGACCUGAUUCCCCAAAAUAUAUAUAUUCUCCAUUCUUAUUCCAUAUCCUAGCUCACUCUACCUACAAAUCCACCUGAAUCCAAUUCUGACAUGUUCAUUUAGUGUUCUUGUGCUGUAUAAGUAUUUAUUGACGAGUGUACGGGUAUAUUUAUGUUGUUGGAGAACGACGUCUAUUGUUGGACUGAAUUACAUAUUUACUGUGUUGCUAAAUGCAGAAGCACAGGAAGUGCACGCUCCUCUGCACAUACGUAAACAUAUCCACUCUAGGGCCGGGGGUUUCUAGCCAGAGAUAAGCAAUUUUUUUUGUGAAUUAUGGUUUUAUCUUUCUGUCUAUGAGAUAUUCUUAUUCAAUCAGUCUCUGUGCAACAGUGAAAACCUCCCCAUAAUGACCAUGAAACUUCCUUUGUGUUACACAUGAUGUUUCCUGCUGUUACGAAUUAGCCCUUUGGUACCAACUCACAGACCAUGAGGCGUUUCAGAAAUAUUGCCAACUGUUGAAAUCACUGGAAGGUGGUUAGUGCAGAUCUCCCACUCAAACUGCAUUGAAACUAAAGCCAAGAAUGGUAAUAGAGCUUUUUCCUUUUCUGUUGUAUUCCUCUGUCAGCAACACUCCACAGCAGCUUUUCAUUGACCUCAUAGAAGUAUAACAUAUAGAUAGAACACAGUUUCUUAGAUAUGACCUGCAGCAUACGUGUGUUGAAUGGAACCAUGAUCAUUUUGUUUAUUUCAAUGAUUAUGUCCAAUCCAUUCUAUGGUUGCCUCCUACAUAGCCUAUAGUACAUGACCACAGGGCACUCCAGUCACCACAGACAGUACCUUUUUAUGCUGAAAUGAUCUGUGCCUUUUCAUUCCUCUCAUUGGAGCACUUUACUGUCAUCUGAUUGGUCAGUCCACAAACACACACUCUCCCUCUUCAACUGUCAGGUGAAUGUUGUAAAACAGCAUCCCACACACUAACACAGAUCACCUGUAGAGAGACUCAUGUGACCACAUCAAGAGGAUUUGCAAAUAGAGGGUUUUUGAAAUGCUUGCUCUGCUCAGAUCUUCCCUCCUCUCCUAAGCCUUCAGAUACAGGAUGGUUUUCUGUGGCUCUGUGUUGCUCAGAGGUUGUACGUACACCCUUCAAAUCCACACUUCAACCCUCAGAUCUCUGUGUGCUAGUUUCAGUGUUCUCAUCCGUUGCCAGAUGGUGAGUGUGUGUUCACUUAAAUCAAUGUUGUUGAGAGUCUAAGCUGGUUACUCUGCUGUUAGAUACCAUGUCAUCGGCCGGCUUGUGUCGGAGAGGUCACUAUGUGCUGUACCAAUGAGUGUGUAUCUGAGCUGUGUGUGUGUGUGUAUAUAUAUAUAUAUAUAUAUAAGGUCGCUCUGUACUGUACCUCCUCUGCCUUAGAGUAACUCCAGGAACUCAAACAGGCUACGUUGUAUUUAUUUAUUCAUUCACCAACGACUACCCAUAACAUUCCUCCUCGUGGUCUCCAUGGCAACACACCUGGACUUUUCUCACGGGGCAGACUGUCGGUUCAUCAUCAAGGCCCUCUCACCCGAAACAUGAAUAAUUGAAUAUAUUGACUGCAGGUAGUGGGAGAGGAGUUGUGAUUCCCCAGCAGUGUUCAUUCUGGUUCAUUCUGGUUCAUUCUGUCUGAUGUUUUCACAAUAAAACGCCUCAGAAACUCAAA